AUGGAAGACGUCCUGAACGAACAAUUCGAACGCGUCGAGAAGGCCUUGACAACCUUGGUCGACUCAAUCGCUGCCUACAAUCCGGCCACGCAAGCUGCCGUCGAUCUGCUAGCUGCUGACGACGAGCUCAGUCAAGGCCUGGACCAACUCGCCAAACACCAGGCAAAUCACAUCCGCAUCCAAAACCUCCGCGCAGAAGCCGAUGCGCUCGAAGACCAGCUCAAGACGUCCGUCAAGAAGCUCGCAGAACUGCGCCAUGAGCUCUUUGACACAACCGUGACCACAUUCCCCGAAGACUCGCGCGCCGUCCCAUUCGACGAACUUCUACAAUACGCGACCAAUAUUUCCCGACACACCGUCCCGCCAACAUACCGUGAACCCGUACCUGCCGCAGACAAGGAGAAGGAGGACGAUGAGGUCGGCUCAAGCGGCAUUCCUACCAACGGCCUCAAUACACCUGCUCUCGCACCAGAGACAGUAGCACCAGCAAGUGAAGCUACGCAAGGGCAGAAGGACAGCGAAGAUGCCGCUGGCCCCGCGCUCGAAAUCACCCCAGAGGAAGAGGAAUGGUUGAAGAAGCUCAAGGCUAGCAACCUGCCAUGGUACCCAUGGCCCAGCAACGAGAAGAUCCGUGCGGGCGCUCUAUUCAGUCUCCAGUAUUGGCGAGAGAAGGGCAAAAACUUAGACGAGUUCAAUAUACCUGCACAUUUGGACGCGGCUAGGGAGAAGGCGUUGCAAGAGCAGGGACAGAGCGAGGCGGCUGCACAGGACGCGCCUGCACAAGACAUGGCACAGUCUCCGAGCAGACCAGCUCAAGAUCAGGCUCCACCUCCAACGACAUACCGUCCAAAGCCAAUCGGAGUCUUCGAAGGCUUGGAUGAGGAUGAUGACUGA